CUCCUUCUAUCCCCAUUCUCCCUUACACGCUGUCAUCCACCAUCCACCCCCUUCUUGAACACCACCUUCGUGUCAGCAGAAGCGUCAUCGUCGUCCUUCGCACAACGCUCUUUUACGCUCCUCUUACACUCCUUUUACACUUCUCGCUGCACCCCCGAAUAAUACUAUCAUUUUGAUUCACGUCUUAAUGGAGGCUGCGGUUAUGGAUGUCCUGAGGGUCGUCGACAUUCAGAAACCUAGCAUUGAUAGACCGUUUGGUGUGCACCUCUGGCCCGUAUUUAACGCGCUGUUUGGGAAGGUUAUGGGAUAUCCCGCUGCGGACUUCCGUUUUGUCCGCGAGGUCACCCCUAUCUCGACGUUCAAGGAGAGUGCGGGUUUGAUUAUUGCCUACUAUGCAAUUAUCUUUGGUGGGAAGCUUAUCAUGUCAAAAUUUGGUGCCAUGAGAUUACGAACCCUUUUCCAACUCCACAAUCUCUUUUUGACCACUGUAUCGGGGAUACUGUUGGCCUUGUUUAUUGAACAGUUGACUCCCACCUUGUAUAAUCAUGGUUUAUUUUACGGAAUUUGUAAUGGUGAUGGUGGCUGGACCCAGCCCAUGGUGGUUCUAUAUUACUUGAACUACCUCACGAAAUAUUUCGAACUCCUCGAUACCCUUUUCCUCGUUGUCAAGAAGAAGCCUUUGACCUUCUUGCACUGCUACCACCAUGGUGCUACUGCGCUUCUUUGCUACACCCAGCUCAUUGGAAGCACCGCUGUUUCUUGGGUUCCCAUCACGUUGAAUUUGUUCGUCCAUGUCGUUAUGUACUGGUACUACUUCCAGGCUGCCCGCGGCGUUCAGGUCUGGUGGAAACAGUGGAUCACCCGUCUUCAAAUUAUCCAAUUCGUUAUUGACCUCGGAUUCGUUUACUUUGCUUCUUACACUUACUUCACCUCCACCUACUGGCCUCACAUUACCAAUAUGGGCAAGUGCGCCGGUGAGGAAUUUGCUGCCUUUGCUGGCUGUGGCAUCCUUUCAUCAUAUCUCUUCCUUUUCAUUAGCUUCUACUUUUCUACCUACAGGAAGGGUGGUAAGCGUGCUGCCAAGAAGAUAGUUGCUAAUGGCGACAUUGCUGUUGAUCCCAAGUUCGCCCGGGACACCUUUGGCGGUGUUGCUAACGGCAAUAGCAAUGGAUACACCAAUGGACAUGCCGCCGGUGGUGGUGCCAUGAAGACCAACGGAAGCGUUAGGUCUCGAAAGGCAUAAGCUGCCUCAGUAGGAGUAUAUACUAUUUAGCAAUGGGGGUGAGAGCUGUGUGUGAGUGAGGAGUUUGGUGCUGGUGAGGUAAUAUAGCAGUGCGCUGGAAUUUACUUGGGAUAUAUGCGUUAGGGAGUGGGGGGUUACGGAAAGAAAUAAUAAUGGGUGGUCACGUCUUCAUCUGAUUACGGAAUGGAUUGGAUUGGGGGGAAGGAAUGGGUGAUUGGUGGGUUGGACGCGCAAAAGAAACUACGGGGUUUACGUGCCCCAUGCUUAAUACAGGCGAGUAUGGUCUGCUCUCUCAAACUUCUACUUCGGUCACGCUCUAGGGUUUUAUAUCAACUUCUUGUACAUUUCCUUGUCGAGUUUUCUCCGGGAAAACUUUUCUUUCUUUUUUUCUCUGGGCUGUUUUUUUCCCCUUUUCUGUUAGCAAUAUUUUAGUCUCAGUUGGCCACUUAAAGGAUAAUUGCAUAAAGAUAGAAGCUCCUGAUCGCUAUAUACAUAGUCUAGAUAGUCUAGCUGUCAAGAUACUUAUUAACAUAAUUACAGAGCGAUACACUACAAAUAA